UCCCUCCUACCCUUACCAGCAACCUCAUAACAUCCCGGGUCCGUCCAACGCGUAUCACCCAACUGCGGCGUUCCCCCAAGGUCAAUAUGCUCUCUUGCAGACGGCAUCUAGUGGGGGCUCAAGCAUGGAGCCAACUUCCUCUGCUCUCGAUGGGACGGCAUCUGCUAGGCCUCGCAAACGUAGAACCCGCCAGACCUCUAAAUCUGAGGAUGGCUUGAAUUCGUCUGUUCAACCAACUACGCGCAAGCGCAGACGCCCGAAUGCCACCGAUGACUGCAGACCAGGCAAGUUUGGUCCGUACAUGCUAGCGGACGCCAGCGCCACGGUCAUGGCCAUGCCUUUUCACGACCCAAAGCCUGUCGACAUUAGCAACCGCAGGACCCAUGAUCCUAACGGCAAUCUCCUUCGAACGAGGAGAUUUGGGGCGAUGGAACUGGAUGAUCAUUACCCCGAUGGAUCUGGCAACGUUACGAAGGACUCCUCACCAGAAUUGACCUGCGUACGCUCAUGCGAUUGGACCGACCAGCCGUGCGGUCUUUUCAUAGAGGUGAACAAGGCCCGGAUCGAAGACCAUCUGUGGUUUUGGCAUGGUGUUGAAGCCAAGAAAGAAACUCCCUGCAAAUUCGAACAUUGCUCGGACCCACAGGCGAUGCAAAAACUGGGCCGUCACAUCGAUGGGGUCCACUUCGCUACAUCCUACCGAUGCCCCUAUUGCCAGAAGCUGUCGUCGAGGACCGAUGCUGCGGCUCGGCAUCAGAAGACGUGCAAACCAUUGCUUAAUAGCAGAGCCCACGCUGAGCACUGGAAGUACGCAUUCUGUCCCCAAGCGAUGAUCAAGUCGGUUUCUGGGUAUAUCGUUCCUGCGAAGAACACGACCUAGGAUAUUGCCUGAAUAUUGUCGACUGCGAUUCCUGAAACAACUUCUCUUUACGUCUAACGAUACUCGUUUCAUUCAAUUACCCACAUUCCUUUUGAAUAUUCUCUUUACGGCUAACGACACUCGUUUCAUCACAUUACCGACAUUCCUUUUGGAUAUUCUCUCUUUGACCAACUACACUCAUUUCAUUCUAUUAUCGACAUUCCUUUUGAACAUUCGC